AUGUCCAUGUCGAGCCCGGUGCACGCCCGGAAGGCCCUCCACCUAGUUGCCAUGAAGGCCAAGCUGCAGAGCUUCCUCGGCCUCCGCCUCCUCGUCGUGGCCGCCCUCGCCGCCUUCCUCCUCCUCUUCUCCGCGCGCACGCUCUUCUCCUCCUCCUCCUCCCCCGGCUCUGCCGCCUCCUCGCACCUGCACCUUAGCGGCGACGGGUCGUGCUCCAAGCUGCCGGCGCCGGUGGCCGACGCGCUGGUGCACUACGCGACGUCCAACUCGACGCCGCAGCAGACGGCGGCGGAGAUCGGGGUGUCGCUGCGCGUCCUGCAGCGCCGCUCGCCCUGCAACUUCCUGGUGUUCGGGCUGGGCCUCGACAGCCCCAUGUGGGCGGCGCUCAACCACGGCGGCCGCACCGUGUUCCUCGAGGAGGACGCGUCCUGGAUCGCAUCCGUCCGCGCCAAGCACCCGGGCCUCGAGUCCUACCACGUCGUCUACGACACCCGCCUCACCGAGGCCGACGAGCUCAUCGCCCUCCGGGACCACCCGGGCUGCACCGCGCAGCCGGACCUCGCCGCCGCCGCCGAGGCCUCCUGCCGGCUCGCGCUCCGCGGCCUCCCCGCCGCGUUCCACGAGGUCGAGUGGGACCUCGUCAUGGUGGACGCGCCCACGGGGUGGGUGCCCGAGGCGCCCGGGAGGAUGGGCGCCAUCUACACCGCCGGCAUGGUGGCGCGCGCGCGGCGGCCCGGCGACGGGGCGACCGACGUGUUCGUGCACGACGUGGACCGGACGGUGGAGGACAGGUUCUCCAAGGCGUUCCUGUGCGACGCGUACCUCGCGGAACAGGUCGGCCGGAUCAGGCACUUCGUCAUCCCCAGCCACAGGGAGAAGCCCGGCACGCCCUUCUGCCCUCUCAAUUGA